AUAUAUGGGCCUACUAUAUUGAGCCCAUUAAUAGCCCACACGAAAUGAAAUCGGGCCGUAACAGAACCGGAAGUCGAAUAGACGACACCACCGACCGACUCCACUGCUUCUUCUCCAAUUUCCAAUUCGUUGCGUCUUCAGCUCCCAAAUUCUCCCGCUGACCCCUAAUUUCUCCAAAAUCCAUCACCGUCGAUUGAGAUUUCUCAAUGGGAAAGUGGAAUCAUCGAUCCCGAUACCACCGUCGCAGAUCUCCUGAGCGAUGGUAUAGCGAACGUCACUCUUCUUCUUCUUCUUCAGUUUAUAGUGAAGACGAUGGGAUUCCGAAAUGGGAAAAGAGAUUCUGUGAGGUGAUUGGAUCAGUGCCAUGGCAAAAAGUUGUUGAAGCUAAAGACUUUAAGAGCUGGUAUAAUGGUAAUGUUAUCACUUGGAAUGACUCUGCUUGCGAAGAGACUUUUCACAAUGAGAAGAAGCGAUUUUGGUCACAAGUUAAUGGUCUUCAUUGUGAUGUGUCUCUUCCUGAUCCUGAUCUUUACAUUAGUGAAGUAGAUUGGGAUACUUUUGUUGAUCCGGAACUGAUUAAGGAUUUAGAAAAGGCUUACUUUGCUCCUCCUGGUGAAGUGAAUAUUGGUUUUAAACGACUGCGUCGAGAUAGGAAUUGGAGUGGUUGUGACACAGUGCCUGUUAAGGAGGCUCGUAUGUUAGAAACUCCAUGGAAAAGUAGAGAGGAAGUCCAUGAUGUUAAUGCAUUGGGGAAGAAAUCGAAUGGAUGGAACCUAACAGAUGGUAGUACUGAUUAUCCAAAAGAUAUGGGGAGUUCUUGGGAAGGCAAGCCUAGUUGUGUAAACGAGUACGUAAAUGAUACAACAUCUGGGGGUUGUUUGACGACUGAGGAAUGGAAGGAGAACCAGUGGAGAACAAAAGAUAGGGUUAAUGACUGUUGGGAGAAUUCGGGCCAGGGAAACGAUGAUGGAUGGGAUAAGUCAGGGCACCAAAACAAGAAAGUAAAAGGUUCUGAAAGUGUCCCAGCCGAAGAGGAUAAAAAGAUCGACAAUCCUUGGGAAGCCCAGCCUAGUUGUAUUAAAGAGACAGCAAAAGACACCACGUGGGGAGGUUUCUCUGGUAAGGGAUGGGAGGAUAGAGGUUGGAAUAAUAAUUCUUGGGGAAGUGGUGGAUGGGAAAACCGGGAUUGGGGAAAUCAAGGUAUGGAGAUGAAGGAAUGGCGUGGUAAAGGAUUUAGUCGAGAUAUUCGGCAGCCUAAGGGUUAUAAUCCAUGGAAAGGUGGCUAUGUGCCUGACAAUGUAGCUUUCAGAGAAUCUGGCGUGAAUGCAGGCGGUUGGCAAACAUGUAGAGGGAGUGAGAGAAAGCAAAGAAAUUGGGAUGUUAAACAAGCCAGUGAUGGUUGGGGUAGGCAAAAUGACAAUGCAGCUUUGAGAGAAAAUGGGGCAAAUGCAGGCAAUUGGCAAACACGUAGAGUGAGUGAGGCAAAUCAACGAAAUUGGAACGCAAAACGAACGAGUGACGGUUGGGGUAGGCAAAAUAAGGAAAGAGAUGACUCAUAUAGCUACCAUUCUAACUACAAAAACUCAUGGCCUAGAAGAGAUGAUCAUCAGAACUGGAAGGUCAAUUUCUCAGCUAAGUAAACCAAAUGAUCCAUUGUUUUUUGUGAUGUGUUUUUUUUUGUGUUUGAAGUCUUAGCUUGUUAUGUUCUGUGCAGGCAGUGUAGUUUUAGCUUAGCCAUUGACCUUCCAUGUUAUCUCAAAGAGUCAAAGGCAUGGUUUUAUGUUUCCACUUCAGAAUUAGCAUAUGUAGAAUAUAUACAAGUAGUCGGAGUACCCUUUUUGAUGAUAAUGUUUCAUACAUACUAAAAGUAUUCAAGGUUUUUGCCUUUUGAGGCUGGAUUGAUAAUGAUUGUGUUCUUUGUGAA